AAUGGGAAAAAUAGUGAAUUUUUAGUAGUGAUCGAGUAUGUGUUUGUCUAGAUUACAUACAAAUAUCUUUAAGAUAACAUUCUUUACUUAUAUAUCGAACAAAGAAAAAUCUCUCUAAAUUAAACUUCCUAGAAAAGAUUUUUCUUCGUACCGAACACGCCCUAAAGUCCAUGCACUUCGGUAUCGACUUACUGUUCCUUUUCUAUAAAAGGAGCCAUUUUCUUUGGAGAUAUACGAAACAAAAAAUAAACAACCUCUACUUCUCUCUAUUAAUUAAUUAAUUAAUUAAUAAGAGAGUAUAGUACUAUAAUUUUGUUGAUUAAUAAGCUAGAAGGAAGAAGAAAGAUGGUGAUUUUUCAUGAAUAUCUGUUUUCUACUCUAAUCACUUUGUUUUUUGGACUGUUUUUGUUGUAUAAUCUCAUUAGGAAGACAAUUAUAAUGAAGAGCAACAAAACUUCAAAUAAUUUAGGAGUAGCAAUUGAUAAUGAAUGUUUAGAUGAUGAAGGGAAAACAGAUGUUAUCAUUGUUGGUGCUGGUGUUGCUGGUGCUGCUUUAGCCUGCACUCUUGCCAAGGAUGGGCGACGAGUUCACGUGAUAGAGAGGGACUUGAGUGAACCAGAUAGAAUGGUUGGUGAACUUCUACAGCCUGGUGGCUAUCUCAAAUUACUUGACUUAGGCCUUCAAGAUUGUUUGAAAGAUAUAGAUGCUCAAAGAGUAGUUGGACAAACUCUUUACAACGAGGAGGGAAAGCAUAUUAUGUUGUCAUAUCCAUUAGAGAAGUUUCAUGCAGAUGCAGGUGUGUCUGCAAGAUGUUUCCACAAUGGACGUUUCAUCCAAAAGAUGAGACAGAAACUUGUCACCCUUCCAAAUGUAAGACUGGAACAAGGAACAGUAACAUCUUUGAUUGAAGAAAGGGGAAGUGUAAAAGGUGUAAACUACAAGACAAAAGAUACUGGAGGAGGACAGCUAACUGCUUAUGCCCCUCUUACUAUUGUUUGCGAUGGUUGUUUUUCAAAUCUACGACGCUCCUUGUGCAAUUCAAAGGUGGAUGUUUCAUCUAGUUUUGUUGGAUUAAUUCUAAAAGAUUGUCAUCUCCCACAUGAGAACCAUUCAGUUCUUAUCAUGUCAGACACCUCACCAAUGUCAAUUUAUCCAAUAAGCAGCACUGAGAUACGUUGUAUGAUUCUUAUUCCUGAUCAAACAGCUCCUUCCAUCGCCAACGGAGAUAUGGUCAACUAUUUGAAAACUGUCGUAGCUCCUCAGGUGCCUGGCGAAAUGAGAGAUGCAUUCCUAGCAGCAGCAGGUGACAAGGAAAACAUAAGAAGAAUGCAACUCAGAAGCAUGCCUGCAGAGAAUUCUCAGACAAAACCAGGCUGUCUACUCAUUGGAGAUGCAUUUAACAUGAGACACCCUAUAACAGGUGGAGGAAUGACUGUUGCUCUCUCCGACAUAGUUGUCCUUCGCGAUCUUCUUAGAACUCUGCCUGACUUUAAUGAUGCAAAUGCCGUCUCCAGCUCUCUUCAACGCUUCUACACUCUCAGAAAACCGCUAGCAUCAACAAUUAACAUAGUGGCUGACGUAUUAUACCAAUUAGUCCUCUCUGAUCCAUCAAGAAAAGAGAUUAGAGAAGCAUGUUAUGGUUAUAUAAGCCUUGGAGGGAUAUUUAAAAAUGGACUAGCUGCUAUGGUUGCUGGCCUAAAUCCAAGGCCUCUCAGCUUGGCUUUUCAUUUCAUUGCUUUGGGACUCUAUGCCGCUGCUCGUUCAUUAUUUCCAUUUCCUUCUCCAAUGGCUGUUUGGCGCGUCGCCAAACUUCUUUUUGUUGCAGUUGGUAUGAUUCUCCCCAUUAUUAAAGCAGAAGGAAUUAGACAAAUGUUCUUUCCAGUUACUCUUCUACCCCACCAUACGACUUACUAAUGAAUUUGAAAACCAGAGGUUGUAUAUGCCAUAUCAAAUUAAGACUUAAAAAUUGCGGACAUAUAUAUAUGUCUCCUUCGUUCUAAUUAGCCCACCCCUCUAUAUAAGUUCUUUGGUUGACUUUUUAAUCUUGUUACAGUUGACUAAUUUUAUUCAACUAGCAUUAGGAUUGAAGGUAAGGUUUAAGUCUCUCUUUGUAAUUGUUUUAGUAAUACUGUGUGUGGUAGAAUCAAUGUCGAUCCCCACCACGAAAUAAAUUGCACUAGUUUCUUUUUUGA